AUGUUCCUAGUACAUUUGCAAGGUAUAUGGUCUGAUAUGUUCGGAGACUUCGACUAUGUGAAUGUUUAUUUGGAUGAAAUUAUGAUCUUUUCUGCAGACCUUGAGUGGCACUGGAAACAUCUAGAUGGUGUUGUCCAGACAGGCAACAAAUCACCUAAUAGUAAAAAGAAAGAGGUGUCACGAUCAUAA